UUCCGAAAUAGGGGCAAUCUUCCGAGCUUUCCAUCGUCUCUCUCCCGCGCUCACACGUCCCUCUAUCUCCGAAACCGACCCUUCUUGUCCAUCCCCCGACAUCGAAACCCGCUGCCUCGGUAUCGGAAACUGCCAAAAAAAAAGCAUCAUCCACCGAGCGGGGGGGACCUGGCGAUCAUUGGCGUGGAUGAGCAUCUGUGGCUGUGACAUCUCCCCGAGACAUACGUUGAGCAAUCACGCGCACACACACACAGACACACACACACACACUAACAAAGGAGGAAAAGGAAAAGAGGAUUCAGGAUUCAAGGUGUGGGGUGGUUGUGUACUCGCUCAAAAACCGCCCGGGCUCAUGUCCGGAAGACAUGAAACCGCCUCCGGGGUUGUUGAGGAGACACCUAGACUCCGUACUAGUAGGAUCUACUACUCCGGAGCCGAGUCAUUGUGUAAUAGUACCUUUUUACCUUAUCCAACCUACUCUCCUCUUCGUCAUCAUCAUCAUUAUCAUCAUUACCAUCAAUCACCUUCGAAGCCACAACACGCUGCUGCCGCCCCGCCGCCGCCUCUGGUCGGUUAGUAUUGUUUGCUGGCCUAUAGUUAGUUACUUACCAUUCUUUUGUUUCUCUUUACUAGGCAAGUUACGGCCAGACUUCACCAUGUCCGAGACCAGCGUGACCGCCCUCACCGGGUAUCUCGACAACCUGACGGCGGAGGAGGAGGCCAAGUUGCAGGAGGCGUGGGCGCACCUGCUCCGGCUGUGCGGCGUCGAGGGGAGCGACAAGCUGCCGCCGGCGGACCGGACGGGGGAGCUGCUGGAGCAGCACCUGGACCCGGCGGGCCUCAAGUCGGCCGCCGUCUUCCGGGAGCGGCUGUGGAGCUUCAUCCUGGUGGACGAGCCGGACGUGCUGGUGCUGCGCUUCCUGCGCGCCCGCAAGUGGGACGUCGACCGGGCCGUGGCCAUGCUCGCGUCGGCCGUCGGCUGGCGCCACGAGCGCCGGCUCAAGGCCGACGUGAUCCGCCGCGGGGACGCCGUCGGGCCGGACGCCCCGGCCGACGACGACGGGAGCUUCCUGGCCCAGUACCGCUCCGGCAAGGCCUACGUCCGCGGCAGCGACCGCGAGGGCCGCCCCGUCUUCGUCAUCCGCGUCCGCCUGCACGACCCCAAGCUGCAGUCUCCCGAGGCCAUGGAGCGCUUCGUGCUGCACAACAUCGAGACCAUCCGGGCCACCCUCCGCCACCCGCGCGAGAAGGCCUGCCUCCUCUUCGACCUCACCGGCUUCGGCCUCAAGAACAUGGACUUCCACGUCGUCAAGUUCCUCGUCCAGGUCUUCGAGGCCAGGUACCCGGAGUACCUCGGCGUCGUGCUCGUGCACAACGCGCCGUUCAUCUUUUGGGGUGUAUGGAAGGUGAUCAAGCCGUGGCUGGACCCGGUCAUCGCGUCCAAGAUCAACUUCACGAGCGGCGGCGCCGACCUCGCCCGCUUCAUCGCGCCCGAGGAGCUGCAGACGUGCUUCGGCGGCAAGGACGGCUGGGAGUACAAGUACAUCGAGCCCGUCCCGGGGGAGAACGACCGGCUCGAGUCGGAGAAGAAGGCCGACGUCGAGGCCGAGCGCGACGGGCUCAUCCGCCGGUUCGAGCGCCUCUCGGUCGAAUGGGCCGCCCUCGACGCCCGCUCCGCCGAGGCCAAGCAGAAGUCCGCCGACAGGCGGGAGGUGGCCAAGCAGCUGAGCGACGCCUACUGGAAGCUAGACCCUUACAUCCGAGCCCGCACCUACUAUGACAGGGCGGGCGUGCUGAGCAGUUCCGGGGCAGUGGACUACAGGGCGGCGCAAUGAUUGAUUAAUUAGCGUUUGUUGCUUUCCUAGUUGAACGGGUGAUUUAAUUAUCUUUUCUUCUCUUUUUUGGGGUUGGGUGGGGAUUUCCUUUACUUCCAUGGCCAAGGGGGUUUCAUAUUUUCUAUGGGAUAAAACGAUGGUCUACUAUUCCACGUCAACUUCAUGUAUAAUUAGGGCAGAUUCAGGUUGAUUAUUUCUGAUUUCUUCGGGAUGCUCGACACGAAUACCUAUUAAUCAAACUUCAUUCGCAC